UACUACCGCCCGCCCCGACCCCUUGUAGCACCCCGGCCCCGGUAAUCGGCAAUCGGCAUCGGGCAUUCGGCAUUCCGGCAGCCAUUUUGAAGUGAAGACAUUUUUCAAGUCAACCUUCAAUUCAAAGUGAUAGAGCACGGCUAAUUUUCAUUGUUACGAUAGUGGUUCAUCAAACUGAGCUUUCAUGAUUGGAUUACCGCGUAGCGAUAGAGAUAGAGAUCGUAUAACGGUGAAAAUUCGUAACAUGAAGAGGAGUUCGUCCAGGGACAGUAUGCCGCGAUCGAAAAGAACGCGCAGUAGUAUCGGGCGUUAUGACGACAGCUCUGACGAGCGCGUCACGCCGGACAGGGUGCGUCGGAGGGUGCGGUCGCCCAGCCCUCGCGGCCGCUACGUAUCGCCCCACCGCGACGACUACGUGCGUUCGCGAGAGGUCAGAGAGGAAUCGGCGCGUCCUUACUAUAAAGUGUUGUGCGUCAGCGCCCUGCACCCCAAAGCCUCCGACGACAUCAUCAAAGACACCUUGUAUCGUGAAUACAAAAAGUUCGGCGAUUUCAGCAUCAAGAUAUCCCACGAGUUGGACGAGCGCGUAGCGUAUGUAUGCUUCCGUAGUGUAGAGGACGCGAAGGACGCCAAGCACGCCAAACCUAGAAUCAUUUUAUACGACAAAGUGGCUAUCGUCGAUCCUGUGUAUGAACCGGUCAGAUCGGAGUAUAGGAGCAGACCCAGGAGCAUAACGCCACCAGAUUAUGAACGCCCGUACUCCUACGCGUGGUCGCCAGUUCCCGAAAGACGUAGACCGCCACCAGACGAGCGAGCUUACGGGAUGCCUCCUGCGGUUCCGCCGCAUCAUCGAGACUUCCGUCCUCCUAUGCAUGACUAUCCAAUGGCUGGCCCACAUGGGCCUCCAAUGCAUCACCGUCCACCAAUGCACCAUCCUCCGCAUCCUCACUACAUGCCCCGGCCAUACAUGCCACGUCCGCAUCAUCCACCUUUUGAGAAAAUGGAGAACAAAAAAGAUAAAUUUCCUAAUUAUUUGCAUCACGUCCAACCUGAAGAUGACCCUCUGGCCACUAGGACACUGUUUGCUGGUAACCUGGAAAUAAACAUAUCUGAUGAGGAAUUACGCCGGAUUUUUGGACGCUAUGGUAUUGUUGAAGAUAUUGAUAUUAAAAGACCACCUCCUGGUACUGGAAAUGCAUUUGCAUUUGUGCGUUAUCAAACUCUGGACAUGGCACAUCGCGCUAAGGUUGAAUUGUCUGGUCAAUACAUUGGUAAAUUCCAGUGUAAAAUUGGAUAUGGGAAAGCUACACCUACAACUCGUGUGUGGGUAGGUGGUUUAGGGCCGUGGACUUCAGUGGCACAACUCGAGCGAGAGUUUGAUAGAUUUGGGGCUAUAAAGAAAAUUGAAUAUGCUAAAGGUGAACCGCAUGCAUAUAUUUUGUAUGACUCAAUAGAUGCAGCUCAGGCUGCAGUAAAGGAAAUGAGAGGAUUCCCAUUAGGGGGACCUGAUAGACGUCUGCGUAUUGACUUUGCUGAUGUUGGUCCAGGAGGUCCAUUCAGGCCAAAAACAUUUGCGCCUCCUGUGGGGGAAGAGGGUCGAUCAACAGAACCAUACGAGGGUUAUGAAGGUACUUGGGACGAAGGCUAUGGGUAUGCAGGUGGGUACAGGGGUAGAGGGGGACACAGAGGCCGUGGGCGUGGAAUGUACCGUGGUGUGUAUCAUGGCACUGGCGACUAUCGCGACGACGAGUGGAGACGCCCACCGGACACUGAGUAUGAUGGUCAAAUUCGCAGAUCUGGUUCCCGCGAACCAGGUGUUGACAGAUCCCGUUCCCGAUCCCCUCGUCGGCGUUCUCCUGACAGUGAUUCUGAUGGCUCUCCCCGCAGAGGUGGUGGAAUGCUAGUGUCUGCUAGAACAUUACCUGAAGUGGUUCGCAAAGCCACUACAAUAUGGAAUGGAGCAUUGAUUUUGAAAAACUCCCUAUUCCCGACGAAAUUCCAUCUCACAGAUGGUGACUCUGAGAUUAUUGACAGUUUGAUGAAAGAUGAGGAAGGUAAAAAUCAGUUGAGAAUCACUCAGAGACUUCGCUUGGAUCAGCCUAAACUCGAUGAUGUCCAGAAGCGCAUAGCAACAUCCAGCUCACACGCUAUUUUCUUAGGAGUGGCGGGCUCUACUGCCUCCAUUACAAACGAGGAUAGUAGCAUUCAGACAAGACCUAUGAGAAACCUAGUGUCAUACUUAAAGCAAAAGGAGGCUGCCGGAGUAAUAUCUCUUCUAAACAAAGAGACUGAGGCAACUGGUGUGUUGUACUCAUUCCCUCCGUGUGAUUUUUCAACGGAACUGUUGAAGAGGACUUGUCACAACCUCACAGAUGAGAGUCUGAAGGAAGACCACUUGGUUAUAGUAGUGGUGCGUGGAGGGUCUGCCUAGUUGUAGAAUAGUAAUAUAGACCAUCUGUGUUAGUUUAAGAUUUUAUGAAAUACCUUUUAAUAUUUUCAGAAUGUUAAGAAAACACAAUUUUUAUUAUAUAACUGUGUCGUGUAGUGUUUGUGAGGUGUAUGUAAAAAUUAUUUGUGAAGGUUCAAUAUUACUUUAUAAAUGUGCGAGUGCUCUGAAUGCCACAGUUAUAGUGUAAAGCAAUAAUAUGUAUUGCAGUUUUUUUUAAAGUUACUUUUGAUUUAUUUAAAUUAGUAUUUGCUAGGAAUCAUAUGCAAGACAAAAUAUACAUUGUGUACUAAGUUAUAGUGUAUACAUUAAUCAGUGUAAGUUAGGUGACGUGUAGUGUGUGUGAACACAAAUAGAAUAUUUUAUUCCA